GAGUCCCAGGCCUCGUGGCUGGACGCCGUGGUGCCCCACCUGGCCGAAGUCCUGCAGCUGGAAGACACGCCCAGCAUCCAGGUGGAGGUGGGGGUGCUGGUGCGCGACUACCCAGACAUCAGGCGGAAGCACGUGGCGGCCCUCCUUGACGUCCGAGGCCUGCGAAACACGGCCGCCCGCCAGGAGAUCCUGGCCGUGGCCCGGGACCUGGAGUUGUCUGAGGGGGCAGCCCCGUCACCCCCUCGGGACCGUGCCUUCUUUGCAGACAUCCCCGUGCCCCGCCCUUCUUUCUGCCUCGGCCUCCCUCUCCUCCUGGGCCGCCUCCCCGUCUCCCGGCUGGCCAGGCCCAGUGUGGCCUGCCUGCCCCGGCCCCGGCCCCAGGCCCAGCGCUGAGGCUUUCCCCGCCUCCCCGCCUCAGUGUCCCCCAUCUCUGCUGCUGACAAGCCGUCCUCCCAGAUGGCCACCCUCCUGACUCCCCGCCUGGGACCGCAGACCCCCGGGGUGGAAAGACCCUCAGAGAUCUUCUCACCCAACCCAAACGACCCGUACAGAAGG